ACUACAAGCCUGUGCAAGGUAGCUUGCUUAGAUAGAGAAAUGCUAUGUGUCUUACGUGUGAUUUACCUUUAAUAACAUGUUGGAGCUUCUAAAUGCGUUCCAUGUUCUUUUCUUUGACUCUAUGAACUCUAAUUCUCUCCUUGUCGAUGUGAAUGAAGUUGGUGUAAACAGAAGCCACAUCUCAGGAAAUGCAGACUGGGGUCCCACUAAAUGAAACAUGUAAUCUUCAAGUUUGGAAACUAGAGAUCUCCGACAAAAGCAAAGGGUUUGUAGAGCUACUGCAGCAACUGACAGUUUGCGAUGCUAUCUCCGAUGAGGAUUUCCAAAAGCGGUUUCAAGAGCUCAGCUCUCUAGGCGAUGACCAUGUGAUUUGUGUGAUAGAGGAUACUAGUCGUGGAAAGAUAGUCACUACUGGAAGUGUGUUCAUCGAGAAGAAGUUUAUAAGGAACUGCCGCAAGGUUAGCCAUAUUGAAGACGUGGUCGUUGGUUGUGAUUCCAGGGGGAUGCAAUUAGGGAAGAAGGUUCUUUCUUUUCUCACCGAUCAUGCCCAGUUUGUGGGUUGCUAUAAGGUGAUUCUUGACUGCAGCAAUGAGAAUAAAGCAUUCUAUGAGAAGUGUGGCUACAAGCGAAAAGAAAUUCAGAUGGUUAAGUAUUUCAUCUAAGAAAUUACCCAGUUUGUUCGGUUAUAAGGAAGCAAUCCGUGUCUAACCUCAUUUUAAGUUCAUUUUUCUCAGUAAUCUCUCCCCGGAGUUUCGAUCA